UCCUUAUUCUGUUGACCAUGAAGAUCAUUCGAGUCCUGCAAAUGAAGCCCAUUCAUCAGGGUCUUCAGUACAGAUCCCUACUGAUGAAAAGAUUAUAAUAUGUCCUGCAGGCCAUUCUGAUGAUGUUAAAGUGGAUAAGCAUAUUCCGCACACUCUUGAUGAAUAUCAAUAUGAUCCAACUUCGGUUGUAUUGGACUGCAGACUUUGUGGAGCAUGUGUUGGAUUAUGGGCUUUUACAACCACGCCACGCCCUCUGGAACUUUUCAGUAUAAUUGCUUCCCCAGAUUCCAAUGGUCAAGAUGAGUUAUUGACUUCUAAGGAUCUCCAUAGCGUUUCAGGUGUUCUUAGGACAGAAAAGAUGAAAACAAGCAAUACGACUUCUAAUGACGGGACUAGUGGUACUGAAUAUAAUGGUGUGACAGCCGGUGAGAAGCCUCUUAGGUUAAAUUUGACAAUUGCUGGUGGUCCUCCACCAACCAAGCAAAGUUUUAAACCAAGAGUAUCUUUUCCUAUAAUUAGUCGCCAUUUAAGAGCUCAGUUGGGUCCAGAUUUGUGUUUCAGAAAUUAUCAUUCAUCUGGUAGUUCCACAUGCGGAUGAUCUGCCACAAAAUAAGAAAGACACUAAUGAUGUUCCAGUUAUAUUUGAGCACUCAGGGUCAUUGAAGCGCAAAAGAGUAGAUGAUGUUACUAUUCCUGAACAUAGUCAGGAACACUUUGUCAAUUCUGAAGAUCAAUUAGAGAUUAUGCCAAAUGGUAUUAAUGAUUCUGGCACUACUGAUAAUAACCCAGGAUAUGCAGGGGAAGAAGCACCCCAUGCUGUCGGCGCUGUUGGAGAUGAUGCUAAAGUUGAAGGGUUAUCUUCUACUUCAAAUGCUACUGCUAUCUCUACACAUGCUGAUGUCAUUGAGAAAGACACCUAUAGUUCUACAACUAAGAAGUUGGCUCUCCAAAAGGCUACAGAAAGCAAUCAUCAUGAAGUAUCGGAUGCUCGAGAUGCACACAGUAAAUUCAGAGAGUUUGAUCCAAUCAGACAACAUAGUCCAUUCUGCCCAUGGAUUGCUCCUAUUGAUGGAAAAAGCACUUAUGGUUGGAAACUAACUCUUUCUGCUCUAGUUCAAUAGGA